UCCAGACCCCGCCUUUCGACCGCCGCCGCCGCCGCCGCCACCUCCAACCACUACCCCUCAGCUAAUCGGCAAAGCCGGCGACUGUCGCACUAACUAUUAUUUGGUGCUUACUGAAUUCGCCUCUCUUUUCCCUCUCCAUCUAAAGUUCGAUCUCAAUCUAUCUAUCCCAGAAUGAUGAAAAACCUUUCGCAAUGGCGCAGCUUCUCCACAUUCCUCAACAAAACCGACCUAAAAAAUCCGAUCGAAACCCCAAUUCGCAGUAACCGCAUAACAAAUCCCAUCUUGUUACCUCACCGAACGAUGCCUCCUGCAAAAGGUCAAGAUUCGGACUUUAUAAACGUAGCCCAUAGUCAUCUGAUUCGCUCUGAAUGGGAUAAACUGAACAAAAUAUCCUCCGGUUUAUCCCCAUUUCGGAUUAAGCACAUACUGCUGAAAGCCCAUAAAGACUAUGUCAUUUCUCUCGAAUUCUUCAAUUGGGUUGAGCUCAAGAAUUCCAAACUCAACACCCUCGAUGUGAUUUCAAUCCUUCUCCAUAUCUUAACCAAGAAUCGCAAGUUCAAAUCCGCGGAGUCAAUCAUGAGAAGAACUAUUGAAAUGGGCUAUUUGGAUUUUCCGAGAAAGGUAUUUGAGGCUUUGGUUUACUCUUAUAGGAUGUGUGAAUCUUCAUUACGUGUAUUUGAUGCUCUGUUUAAGACUCAUGCGCAUAUGAAGAAGUUUAGGAAUGCAUCUGAUUGUUUUAAUUGGAUGAAGGAGUAUGGAUUCUAUCCCACUGUUGAGUCUUGUAAUGCAUAUCUGAGUGCAUUGUGCAGUUUAGGUCGUAGUGAUAUCUUCUUGUCUUUUUAUAGGGAAAUGCGUAGGUGCCGUAUUUCUCCCAAUGUGUAUACUGUUAAUAUGGUUACAGGGGCUUAUUGUAAAGCUGAUAGAUUGGAUUUGGGAGUUGAGUUGUUCAAGGAUAUGGAAGGGAUGGGGUUAGCUCCUAGUGUUGUUUCGUAUAAUACAUUGAUUAAUGGAUGCUGCGGUACGGGUCUCUGGAGUAGUGCUGUGAAGCUCAAGAGCGCGAUGGAGAAGGAUGGUGUUCGGCCAAAUGAUGCUACGUAUAACACGCUCAUGUAUGCUUUGUGCAAGGAGGCGAAAAUGCAUGAGGCGAACAAGCUGUUGAGUGAAAUGAGAAGCACGGAUGUUGCUCCCACGACUGUAACUUACAACACUCUGAUCAAUGGAUACAGUGAAGCUGGAAAUAGUGAGAUGGGAAUGCGUCUGUUUGAGGAAAUGUCGGUGGCUGGCGUUGAUGCUGAUAUCUUGACUUAUAAUGCUGUCAUUUUGGGGUUGUGUAAGCAGGGGAAGACAAAGAAAGCUGCGUAUAUGGUGAAAGAACUUGAUAGGAAGAAGUUGGUGCCUAAUUCGUCAACCUUUGCAGCCCUCAUUAGUAUUACCGGGCAAUGUGUGAGAAACAAUCCUGAUCGUGCUUUUGAGAUCUACAGAAGUAUGAUCAGGAGUGGCUGUCAGCCCAAUCGAGCAACUUUUCAAAUGUUAAUGUCUGCUUUUAUAAAGAGUGAGGAUUAUGAAGGAGCAGUUAGGGUUUUGAAGGAGAUGAUGGAAAGAGCCAUAGCUCCAGAUUCAGAUGCCUUGUCUUGUGUUUUGAAUGGACUUGGGAAAGAGGGAGUUGUAAUGGACUUGGUCUAG